CAAAAACUCCCACGAAACUUCACCUCCACAACCGUGUACAGAACACAGCCACCAUGACCACCACCGCCACCGCCACCGCCUCCUCAAAACACCAGCCACCACAAUUAACAGACGCCGAAAUCAUAGACCUAGCAAAUCAAAACCAGCUCCACCCCUACCUCCUCUCCACAUCAUCUCACCCUACACUCCUCUCUUACCUCCAUAAUCGCACUCUCUCCCCUUCACCUUCUCUUCCAAUCUGUCAAUACACACUCUCUCUUCUCUCUCUCAUUUCCCUCUCUCCUCACACUCCUUCUCUCUCGUCUCUUCUCUCUUCUCUCCUCGCUGAUUACACCAAUCUCUUUCUCUCCUUUCAAAUCCCCCGCGAUUCGAACUCCCUCAAAACCAUCCAUUUUUUCAGUACUGUCUUGAAUAAUGUCCCAAUCAAAGAUUUAGAGGCCGUUUCCGAGUCAAUCGUGCUUAAUUUGUCAAAACUAGUGAGUUUUGAGGACACCCAGAUGCUUGAUAUUCUUCCUGCUUGUUUCAAUUUGAUGAUUAAUGAGAAUGGGAGGGAAUUUGUAGGCUUGAUUUUGGACAGGGUUAUUGAGAGUGAAUGGUCAAAGGGGUUGUUGGUGAAAAUGGUUUCUCUAGUUAGGGAAUUCAUAGGUUUUAUUGAUAAAGUGAGAGGGAGGGAGUUUUUGGAGAAGGUGUUUAAGGGAAUGAGAAGAGUGGAUUUACAGGACUUGCCUUCGCUUGUUUAUCAAUUACUGGUUUUAACAUCAAAAGGGUUUAAUAAGAGGGAGGUGAUUGAAGGGAUUGUUAUGUUUUUUGGGUCUGAAUUUGGGGGCCCGAAAAGAGGGAGUUCGAUUGUUAGGCAAGUUGAAGGGACUGUUUUGCUUCAUGUUAAUUUUGCGGUGAAGCAGGAUCCUUCACUGGGGAAAGAAGUUAUAGGGCUUGUGAAGUUGGAUUUUAGGGCUCUUAACCAUUUUACUAUUUCUGUUUUGUUGUCUGUUGCCAGGGUUAGAAGGUUUAGUGAGAGCUCAUUGGGAAUACUGAAAACUGUUUUGCUGACUGCUUAUCGUGAUCACAAGUUCGCUAAAAACUGUAAGUGGUUGCCAGAGGAUUUCAAGGAAGAGUGUCUGCAGAAUGUCCAAAUAGCGGAAAAAGCUUUAUUAAGAGCUGUUAAUGAGAGCAACUAUGGAAGAGAGCACAUUGUGCCUACUAUCGUGCAGUUCAGUUUUCAAUUGCUAGAGUCAUUGGAAGAUGGAAACGUUAGAGAGCUCUGGGAUUCUAAUGCUAUAUUGGGCAUCGAGGAGCUUAGUAUUCAGAUGCUGAAAACUCUAUUCGAUGUCCAUGAGAUGGCAAGAAAUGAGAUUAUUGAGCAAAGCAAAUCUCGCAUCCUUUCUUUGAAGCCAGAGAAGAACAUACCAAUCAUCAGACUGCUUGGUCAUCUAGUCCAGAGUUAUCCUUACCUGAUGCUGGAACACGCUUCCCGUCUGAAGGAAUUGUUGGAUUAUUUUGUUUUUAUGCAUGGCAUGGUUGCCACUCAUCUUGUUGCUGCUCUUGUGCCUCUCAUCAAACUUAGUCGUGAUCUUCGGGAUUACACAAUUUUGGUUGUCCGCAAGGCCAUGUUUAGACGGGAAGAUGCAGUUCGCCUUUCUGCAACAAAUGCCAUUUUCAAUCUUAUACUUGCAGAUAAGGAAGCCAAGAGAGAAGGCUCGGUUUCUUUUCAAGACUCAUCAAGCCAAGCAAGUUGCAGCCAACAUGCUGAAAUACCAUGCAUCAUGGAUGGAGGUCUCUUCCAGGAGCUACGUGGUUUGCUGCAGAGAUGUCUUUAUCAACAGGCUGAAAUCAAGGAAGUCAUGUAUCAUGGUCUUUUGAAGCUUGUCAUGGCAGACCCAUCAUGUGGGGGACCUGUGCUUGAUUUUCUCUUGCCCCACUUUCGUUGUUUUUUCAAGGAGGAUGCAGAUGUUCAACUUGAAAUAAGUCGUUGCACUAAAUCACUGAGUGGCAAUGUUGUCAUUGAAGAGCCUCUAGAUGCUCUAAUGUCUUGUGUUUCUUCAAUUUUACUCCUUCAGCCACAUGGUAAAGCUGAUUGUCCAGACUCUUCGAGGCCAUAUUUUGGUUUUUCCCUUUCUCAAGAAAAUGAGCUAGGAAGUGAUCUCUCUCGUGAAUCAUUUUCCAAUGCUUUGUUAAAGAUCCAGAAGUUCCUAAAGAAGAUAAAUUUGGAAGACUUUCUGAGUCGCAUUCAGGGUGAUAGCUCGACAUCUGUUCAAGAGGAGAAAAGAAAAUGCUGUGCAUUGAUUUUAGCGGGCAUCCUUGAAGUAGUAGUGAACACUAUCGCAACCAGGUUGAAUAAAGCGACAGACAUAGAGAAGGUGGAUCUCGAAAAGGAACUUGUUGGGUUUGUUAAUCUUCACGAGUUACUGGAAAAGGAUUUGUGUACAAGAUUGAGCACUGGUAUCAAAAGGGGGAAUGUGCGAGCUACUGCUCCUGCUCCUGGUAUGGCUAGUAAUAUUGAACCUGGCAACAAUAGAUUGACUCAAGAACGAAUUCCUUACUUGACAACUUCAAGCCUCUGUCAGCUAAUGCAAACAGCACGUAAGCUAUGCAAUACUGAAUGCUCUAAAACUAUUGCAGCAUCCCAGCACCAUAGCCAGUUGUCAUCGAGCAAGCCAGUAACAUGCCAUAAGAUUAUGGCUUUUAUCUUGAACCAUUCCCUUCAUCACAUAAAAUCUUACCAAACUGUGGCGAAAGAAAAUCCUUUGAGGACUUUGAUAUACGGGGAAAUUAAAUUGAUGGGACCUCCUUUGCUGAAGUUAAUUUUUUUGCUCAAAUCAGGAAAGAAGUUGGUGACAGAUGAAAAGAAAAAAGAAAAGAGAAUAAAAGAUGAAGAUAGAAAAGGAUAUCUACAUCUAGCCUUAUUAUGCAUGAAGGAAUUGGUCACAAUUAGUUUGCAGAACCCACAUUUGACUGGGUUGCUUGAGGAUUUGGUGUCAGUAUCCACACUAGAGUAUCCUGAAUUGGAUGAUAAAUAUGAAGAAGCCUCCAGGAUUGACGAUCAGCAUAUAAGAAUCAAAGAAUUGUUUGUUGUCAAAGUUUUGAAGCCAUUGUUCAGUGAGCUUCUUGCACAAUCUUAUUUUCAUGAACUUGAGAUUAUCUCUGAUAUGCUAUUGGUGAUUGGAGAAAAACUGCCCCGCAAACAGAGGAACUCUCAUGGAGCCUGGAGUAUUCAUGUCUGCAAAAGCAAUGUCAUAAAGAACUCCAAGGCUGCAAGAAGUGUGGUUGCCCUUGCUAUCUCUUUAAGCUCCCCACCAAGUGAUUUAAUUGUAGCUCAAGACAUGGCCAAGGAGCUGUUAAAAGUCACUGGAUCAGAGACAAGUAACGCAGAAGAGGUGUCUGGAUCACACUCUAUCAUAAACCAGUCAACGAGCAGUAGCAUAAUUUCUUGUAUACAGAAACUAAUCGAAGCAAUUAUUGUUGAUAUGGAUUGGGCCAUCAAAAAACUGAAUAUAUUCACUCUGGUAUCUCAAAAAAGCAUUCAUUUUAGUCAGAACGAGGAACAUAUUACAGGAUUGGAGUACGAAAACAACCUUUACUCAAGGGCUGAAGCGGUGGUGAAAGUACUUUCUUGCUUUGUUUCGAUGAAUCUCAAGGAACCUCAAGCAGAGCAUUUGCUCAGAUUGACUGCAAAAUUUUACAAGCAUUUAGCUCAGAUGUCAAGGCUCAGGAUUGCUUCCAAGGGAUGCAAGCAGCUCAUACCUAGUCUUGCUUUCCAGAAGCUUGUUGAACUAACUUGCAAGCAGCUAACCGUUCCACUUUAUAACUUUGUUGCAGAGAUGCAAAGGGAGCAAGAAAAUGCUAACAGCAAGUGUACUGCCAACAAGAUCAAGAGGGAGAAUAAGUGCAUCCCCGACUUGAUCUACCAGAUAGAAGAUUGUGAAAAAUAUCUAAUCCAGCUGAGCAAGGUGAGCAAAAUCAAUUUAUUGAGGCAUGCCAAGCGUAGUACUUCCAGGGAUUUCAAAAUAAUAGAUUCAAGGAAGAUUAUUACAGAAGAAGAUGAACCCAAUCACGAGCCUGCCUGUCAUGCUGCUGCUACUGCUGAGAAUGGAUCACCUGAGUCUGGAGACAAUGAAGGUAAUGAAUCAGACAAGGUUUUGUCAUCUCAGUCUGGUAGUCCUUUGUCUGAGGAGGAAUCCGCAUCUGAUGGCGAGAAUGGAGGUGCCCUUCCUCAUGCCAAGAGGGUGAAGAGAGACAGAGUUGUGCUAGAUUCUGAUGAUGAAGCAUAAAGUUAAAACGCUGGAAAUUGAUGUACAUAACAGAAAGGGGUUCCUUAUAUUAGAAUAGAUAUUCUGGAUAAUGGCUUUAGGUUGUAGUUGCAAGCUUUACAUGGAGGGAAUUCAAGAACAGGCCAUGAAUUAUAUGAUCGAUCUUCCAGGCCAGACAGCGAUUUUCUAGUGAGUUGCUACCAAUUCUUCGUUCAAUAUCAAAGACAAUCUCUGUGAUAUCCAGAAAAAAAGCUUUCAAUUAAUCAGAACGUGGAACGUUCUUCUACUCUGACAUUGAGAAUCAUCUUUUAUUCGGGUUGCAGCAGUUGUAAAAUUACAUAAUAAAAGUAUGAGAAGAUGCUUAGAAUCAUGCACUUAGCAACGAUGCUGCUGCUGCUGCUGAGAAAAACGUCCUCUGAGGUUUCCAAAGUCGGGGACAGUGAAUCAGAAAAAGUUUUUCAGCAGUUGAAGAGGAACUCAAGUCUUCUGGUCAGGUGAGGUGCCCUUUCCAAUGCCAAAAUGUUGAAGAGUACAGUUGAUCAAACUUUUCUGCAGCAACCAUCCAUUAUCCAUGUUAUGACAGGCAGCCCAGGUAUAAUCCAUGGUAAUGAAAUUUUGUGUCAAAAUCAACCUUGGUUUGAAGUUACUUUAUGCUGGCAAAAUAUAUGAAAAAGUUGAUUUCUACAGUCAGGGACUCAGGGCACAGUAGUAGAAUGAUAUUAUUAAUUCUGUAUAGGCAACGUUAUAUAUGUUCUGUGGUUUUUUAGAGACUGUAUCUGGUGCCGGCAUAGGUACAGGUUAAGGGAGUUUCAAGAUUAAAUUUUUUCUUACUCAA